AUGGAUGUAGUCACAGCCUACUUAUAUGGGCCACUGGACAAUGACAUUUAUAUGAAAGUCCCAGAAGGAUUUAAACUGCCAGAAGCAGCAAAUUCUAAUUCUCGAGAACAUUACUGCAUAAAAUUAAACAGAUCUCUUUAUAGAUUGAAGCAAUCAGGGCGUAUGUGGUAUAAUCGCCUCACAAGGUUUAGCUCAUGUCCAACUCGAAGGCAUUGGAAUGGAAUAAAACAUGUACUUCGUUACCUCCAAGGAACAAAAGAUAUGGGUUUAUUCUUUUCUAACCAACCCAAAGAAGACUUAAUUGGUUUUGCAGAUGCAGGGUAUUUGUCUGAUCCCCAUAAUGCUCGAUCACAAACAGGAUAUGUGUUCACAAGUGGUGGUACUGCCAUUUCUUGGCGUUCCAUGAAGCAAACCAUUGCAGCCACUCUUCCAACCAUGCAGAGAUUUUAG